GUAAAAAUAUCGGACUGGCUAAAGGGCUCUAUAGACCAUGCAACACAUUUACGCAUUUUAAAUUUUAUCUCAAACAGUAAACCACCUCAAAGUAAAAAGGCGGGAAUAAAAAAAGAAAAAUGGUACAUUUUGAAACUUUAUGUUAAGAAAAAGUUAUAUGUGACAUUGUGCCACUGGUGGUUUGAACUUGGAUUGGAAUGAAAAAGUGGUAUUAUUAUUUAUGUUGUGAAAUAUAACUGAUUUCUAUAUACUUUCAAUGCAUGAUAAAUGAUGGAUCUUAAACAAGAAACUAUUUCAUCUAAUGAUCGGCUACAAAAGAUUUUACAGAGUUUAUCGAAAUGUAAAAUUGAAUUCAAAAACGAAAAAGAAGAAAUUAAAACGCUACGAGAAAAUAACGUGAAACUGGAAUUAGAACUGAAAGAGUCACGUGAAACAGAAAAAUCACAUCGUUGCCAUUUAGCGACUUCACGAGAAAUGAUAGGAAAUCUUCAGGAAACCGUAUCGCAACUUGUAUAUCUCAAAAGGGACAUCAAGAAGUUGAAUGAUGAUAUUGUAUCUAAAGAUACUAUCAUAUUUGGAUUGGAAAAAGACAAGGAAAAUAUUAUACAGAAGCACAAUGCAAGCAUGCAGGAGUUACGUAUCGCGCAUGAGAAGCACAUUGAAGAAGUAACAAUAGCUAAUGAAAGAAAAAUUCAGCAGAUCCAGCAGGACUUUGAUACUUCGGCAGCGCAAAUGUCUUGCGCCCUUGAAGAGUUACGAGCCAAGAACAAGGAGCAAGAAGCAUCUUAUAAGGACAAGAUGAACGAAGUUGUAUUAGAAUACGAGGAGAAAAUUCAGCGCAGCGCUGCACUAGUGGCGCAGUUGCAAGAGCAGCUGUCGCGACAAGCGGCUCGGACCGAUGCCAACAUCGACGCAUAUCGAAGGAGGCUUGAGGAAUUAGAGGAGAAACUAAAACAAAGUCAAUUUAAGAACUACUUGGCUCAGAGCUCGUAUCCUUCAGAAUCUCAAGUUGAAAGACCCUACUCGAUGGAUAGAGAUCCUUAUCAGCAGUGCUCAGUUGAUUUGAGUCCAGUGUUCGAAGCUCCGAAGAAGGUGGUUUCUGAGACUCAGAAAACUAAACCCAAUACUUUACAAGUUACGUAUUAUGGGAAUAAAACACCAAGUGCACAACGAAAUGAGAAGAAAGGACAAUUUAACAUCACGAAAAAAAGGAAGCUUUACAAUGAUAAAGAAUUUCUAGAUUUCUAAUUGUUUCCUAUUUUGAUUAUUAGGGCAAUUGAGCCGCGUCUUUUCCUACGACACUUCCUCCGUCAGAUAGGGAAAGUGCGCUACAAAAAACGGAAGAGCUUCCACGGACACCUGUUCCUAGGGUUCCUAAUACCUUCCAUGGGCGCGCUAACCCCGGCUGACCCUUAUUAUUUCUAAUUCUUAUUGGACUGUCUUGUUGUAAGUUAACUAGUUUAAUAAAAUGAUUUUUUUAAUAAAAUAGUUUUUAGUAAGUAGUAGUUGAAGAUUUUUCUUACCUUUUUAUAGAAGUCGAUUAUGUAUACAAACGUACAACCUACCUAUUUUUAUGAAACGAAUGCAAAGUUUCUUUAUCAUACAAUCGCUAAAUAUUUACCUUUAUAAUUAAGUUUCCUACAACUGCAUUCAGAGAUCUUUACAAUACUAUCUUGUUUCAUCAUAAUUUAUAAGAACUGGAUAAAAAAUAAUUAUUCCAACAUUAACGAUCACCUCAAAUAAGCAUUACUAGUUAUAUAGCAAAGUAUUUCCUAUGUAGAACGGUCAAAACUAUGGCAAUUAAAAUCAAAAGUGACGCAACAAACCAACAUUCGUAGUCAAAAAUAAUUACUUAUUUCAACUAUUCGUAGGAGCAUCUGCGUAAUGUUUGUUAUCUUGUAUUAUAUCGCCUGCUGUAUGAAUAAGAAUGCGAUUAUGAAAAUUACUUGACUAUUCAUAUGUUACGUCACGUGGCCUACAUUUGACCAGUUCAGUGUGCGCUUGCAUAUUUGGGCGCAUAGUUCCUCUGGAGCGUGAACUGCUUAUUUAUUGGUCGGACGACCUUUGCAUCGCUGAGGCCACUGGACACAGCACUCAUAAAACCAGCAAUUGUGUUCGAUACUCUAUAGGCACGAAUGACUUGAAAGUAUAAUUAAAAAUUACCUAAUAGAACAGUUAUAUCCAUUUAUUCAUUGAAAUAUACUACCGUCAAAAAGUUAAAGACCAUUUUACCAAAAUACUCCUCACUUUGCAGUAGAUACCUACAAUCCGAAAAAUAAAGCGUUAAACAAUUUAUUAAAUGAAAGCAUAUACUCGUAUAUAUAAUAAUAAAACAUUUUUUUCACAGUUUCUCAUCGAAAAAUCCUUGACGCUAUUCCACUACAGAGUAAUCUUAAUAUUCAUUCUACAAGAUUGUGUAGUAGAGUGUCAUGGCUUAUGGAUUUCCUGGACUCAUAUUGCAGUAUCUCCCAUAGAGUUUUUGCUGAUGUCGGAGAUUGUUUUCGGACCCUACGGGCGAGUUCAUCCCAUGAAAGCUCGAUCAGGUUCAGGUCUGGUGAUAGUGGUGAUUGCGGUAGCCAAAUUGUUUUUUAACACACCUUGCUGCUCUUUAUUAGCUGUGUAGCCUCUACAGAUCUUUGCUGAAUGUUUGAGAUCGUUCUCUUCUUGCAAAGAAAUGGGUUACCGAUCAAACGUGUUCCUGAAAAUGAAACUAAAAAUUGUGUUUGGUGUUACUUUUUGACGGUAGUGUACAUGUCUAAUAACAUUUUUCAAUUUGAAUUGAAUUUGCGAGAUCGUGCUCAACAUUUUCGUAGAUUUAAAUACAAUUUCCUAUACAUAAAUCAUAACCAUUAGAUUACUAGGUAUAGGUUGUCACUGUCACUUGUUUGUGGUGUACCUAUUCAUACAAUAAAUACAAAUUGGCUUUUGCGUCGUGUAGAAUUUCUUUACGGAAAUUAACUAGCUAGAGAAACAAAUGCACAACGUCAAUUUUCCAGACAAAUGGUGAAAGCUAAGUCGUUCAGCCGAUGAUUAUCUCGGCUCAAUCUAAUGAAGUAUCGAAAGCUAACCACAUCGACAUAAUAAAUGGCAAUUCUGGUCAAUAAAAUCUAAAGGAAAGUGCAGCGUAAUAGAGGCGAGAUAACUAUAAUGUUUAUGACUCUAUGAAAUAAUAUUAUCAAUAUCUGUCUAUUUUAAAAACAGAUGUACGUAGACACUUUAUUAAUUUUCUUUUAGUAAAACGUUAUAAAUAAUUUAAUUUCAUAGGACGAUUAAAUAACACUUGCACAGCAUGUGCGAUCAAAAUAUCAGCCAUGAAAAAAAAAUAUUAGAGAAGAAACACGAAGAGUGUUAAUAAACAUACGUAGGGUGACUGCUAUAGUUAUUGAUUGGCCACUCUUAAUAAGACUUCUAUUGGUUUGUUUAUUUCGGCCUUGUUAAGUGUGGGCAAUUAUUAUGGAGCGGCCCAUAACUAAUGCAGUCACCCUAUACGCCUACUUGUAGGUACCUUAUGGCAUAAUUUCCAAGAGAUAGAUCAAUUCUAAAUACCUAAUAACAAUCAUUUUAGGUUCAUCACAGAUUUUCGGUAGUUAGUUUUUCCCGUUAUGUUUAAUUUAUGCUACAUUUACACACAUUGGUUCGUAAUAGUUUGUACCCAAAAUAUUUGGUAUUCAUCGGCGCGUUUUAUCCUUUUUUACAAACUUUUAUGCCCUGUCACUCCUGUUAGUAUGUAUGUUAUUGUAGGUCAAAUCUUGGAAGCUAAAUUUGAUCCACUUCCCGAUUUCCAAAUGAGCUGAAAUUUUGCAUACAUAUGUGAAUCGGAUGACAAUGCAAUAUUAUUCUGACAUGAAGCUGAUUUGAUGAUGGAGACAGUAGGUGGCCAUGGGAACUAGUCUGUGAUAAAACAACGCAAACUAAUUGUGUUUCGGGUUGCUAGAAUUGUCUCGAUAUCUCUCGUAUUAGUUGAAAGAAAAGUACAGUCAGCGAUAAAAGCUUAGGCCAAAAAUAUAAUUUUUGCCAAUAAUGUAUUAUUUGGAC